AUGGCAAUUUUCCUGUACCUUUGGUGUACUACGAUUGCGCUGCUCCUGCUUUUCGGGAUUCAUCUGCUUCGUCGGCUUGGUAUUUUAAUCACUGCUCGACCGUUGCCGCCUUCUCGGGGUCUGACUGCAUCUCACAAGGCUAACACCAAAGCUGGCAAGGCGGCACGUACGAUGACUCCAGUGGAAGGUGAAUGUUACUAUAUGGUAAACACCAUUAAAGAGUAUAGUAAUAAGAAAACAAUUAUCAUUGCCGUUCUCAAGGAGGAACAGUCCUUCACCUAUUUGAAAAGGAAGUACCGACCCAAGAAGGUCAUCCCCUCGAUAGACAAAGAUGUCCAAUCUGCAAUGCGUGAGGCGUGUGAGCUCGCUGGGCGGCGAAAGAAUAUUAAGGUUAUCAUGAGCUCAUAUCUGCCCUAUAUGGCUUAUUUUCAACCAUCCACCAUUCCCAGCACCGCCAUUGUUAUGAUGCCGAAGAGUUACCGAGGGGAGAAGGCGUCGUCUCAAAGAGAGGCGGUCGCUCGUGCUAGGUUUCACAGCCCUAAGAAAGUAGAACCAGAGGUUAGUUCGAAGGGUAAGCCGGGCAUUGCUUAUGAUACAUUUAUCGAGGUUUUUGAAUGCUGCUAUCUAUGA